GCUUUAAUUUAUUCCUGCUUUUUUAAUAUAAUAUAAUAAAAAAAUUAAGGAAAAUAAAUAAGAGGGUAAAAUAGUCCUAAAUCGAAUCAUAAUCCGCCACCUUUUACUUUGUCCGUUUCGCAACAGAGCAGUUGAGUUGUCUCAUUUCUUCUUGCAGCUUCCCUUCCCCGCGCUUCUCUCUCUAAAACUCUCUCUCUUUCUCUCUCAUCGUCUACUUCUGCAAUUGGCCUGUUUAGGGUUUUGGAGUUCAGGUGCUGCUUCAAUCAUUUGGAGUGACUUUGAUGGGGUUUUCUUGUUGACUGUUAUCCUUUUCUUUUUUCUUUUCUUUAUUUUUUUUUAUUUUUUUUAUUUUUUUUUAAAAUUGUGUUCUUCAGUUAUACUUUUUGAUUUUUCUUCCCUUCUCUGGACUAUGUUUCUCUCUUUGUGGUUUUUGAGGUUAGAAAGACUUUGCUUGGCGAUACCUUGUUGUUUAAUUUGACGUGGGUGUUGUUUCAUUGUUGUUAUUUGUCGUUAAUUUUGUGAUUUUUUUGUCUUUACUUUAUUAUUAUUCUUAUUUUUAAUUUUUUCUAUAUGGGUACUGGAGAAUUAUGUCCCGGUGAGGUUUUGAUCCACUGAUUCUCUGUUACAAGUUGUGGGUGUCUAAUGAAUUGGGCAUUCAGACCACUACUGUACUUGUCCUAGGCAUUUAUGUUUUGCAGUUCUAAUAAUGUUUGUGAAAGGAGCUCAUCUCUCUCAUAUAAUGAUUUGAUUGCUAUAGAAAUAGUUGGAGUUUUUUUUUCUAACUGAACUGAAAAUUUUACAGUAUGCUCGUUUUCUCUUGGGAUUGGUUUGUGAUAUUUUUCAAGUUGAGACUGUUUCCAUAAAUAGGGUUUCCUAGUCUGAGGUUACUGAGUGAAUUGAUAAGUAUGAUUAGGUGCCCUGAAUCUCAGGAAAACCUUCUCAAGGGAUGUCCUGAGCUAUUGUGAUCCACAGGUGAAUAUACUCUCUCUUAAGGUUCCAAAUUUUCUCAAACCAGUAUUUUGUGUCAGCAUCUGCUAAAUGUUCUCUAAGAGUUGUAAAAGUCAUUCUUUUUUGUUGCAGAGGGCAUUUUUUAUGAGUGCAAUUUUGUUUCUAAUGCCCUUUGAGUUGAGUCCAUCCUGUGUUAUGCAUAGGGUUGUGUUCAGGCUUUCAGGACAUUUCAUCAAUUAUCAUUUGUAUUUUUUUGUUAUCUUUUUUUGGCAUUAUUCCACUUUUUCAAAAUGGCACCAUGUUGGUUCUUAAUGACUCCAAGAGAAAGACACAAAUCCCAUGGAGAUCAAAUUGAUACAAUUUCAUUUCCUUGAGAUUGCCAGGUCCCCAUCACAACACUUUCAUGAGGAUGUAGGAAAAAAUGAGAUUACUUCUAUAAUUUGGGAUUUGAAACAUGCUACAUAAUUUUAUCCUUCUCUGGAUGGGAUUUUUAUGACUCCCAAACCUUCUCCUCAUGACUCCAACAUGAUACCCAUGAAUGUAGGUUUUUGCGGUUGUUGUUUGUUAUCCUCCUUAUAAUUUACUUCUCUUUGUUUUCUAUCUUCAUGCCUCUUAUAGUAAUGUUUUUGCCAGGAUUAGAGUGCACAUUGGCUGUCGAUCCAAAACAUACUCUGAAAUUCUUGACUACAUGUAUUUUCCAGGUUUUUAUUUGUUUUAUCCCCUCAUUUUGAUGGAUGCAUCAUCAACUAACAGGUCUGCUAUAUUAUGAAUAUACACCGUUUGUGUUCCACAAUGAGAAGAUAGGGUAUCAUUGAACCAGUUCUUCCUUUGUAAACAUGGGUACUGAUUCACUCAUCCCCCUUAAAGAUCAGAAAGGAAAACAGAGUUUUUUCACAGAGGUCGUUAAUACAGAAAAACAGUUGUGGGCAUUAAUCCAUUCCAAAGGUUUAUUGCAUUCUGAAACUCAAGACUUGUACCAAAAGGUUCGUUCUAGUUAUGUGAAAAUCAUCCUGAAUGAACAAGAAACAGAACAACCUCAAGAUAUUGAAUAUUCUUUGUGGAAGCUUCACUAUAAGCAUAUUGAUGAGUUUCGUAAAAGAAUACGCCAAAGUUCUGCUAAUGGAGAGAGCAAGAAAUCCACAAUGCCUCAGAAUGUUGCUAAUACACAGAACAGCAAUGAUAAAUAUUUAGAAGGAUUUAAAUUGUUUCUGUUGGAAGCUACUGAAUUUUACCAAGACUUGAUCAAGAAAAUAAGAAGAUGUAAUGGGCUUCCAGAGGAACCAUUGUUCUAUAGAAAGUCUGGGAUCUAUGGUUCUGUUCUACCAACAAAAAUGCAUGAUUGCCAAUUUUCAUGCCAUCGUUUUUUUGUUUGUCUUGGGGAUCUUGCUAGAUACAGAGAGCGUUAUGAAAAACCUGAUGUUCAGAGUCGCAACUGGUCAGUUGCUGCUACCUAUUACUUAGAAGCAACAAUGAUUUGGCCAGAUAGUGGAAACCCCCAAAAUCAGUUGGCUGUAUUGGCAACAUAUGUUGGUGAUGAGUUCCUUGCUCUGUACCACUGUGUAAGAAGUUUAGCUGUUAAAGAACCUUUUCCCGAUGCCUGGAAGAACCUCAUUGUACUGUUUGAAGAGAACCGGUUAUCCAAUCUGCAGUCCCUUUCAAAGGAGGCCCACUUUGAUUUCUUAAAACCAUCUGAGUCCUUUGAGAUGAUCCAAUCACAAUCAAGUGAUGGUUCCUCAAAUUGCAGUAUAUCAAGUUCCACUGAAGAAGUCCAUUCUGUGGAAACUGAUUUAUGGUCCCUUAUUAUUAGAAUGAUAAGUUUUUUCUUCAUAAAAUCCAGUUUGGAGGAUUUCCCUUCCACUUUUGCAUCCACUAUGAAAGAGUUGAAAAGGUUGAUGGCACUGGAUAAUACAAAAUUAAAAGCCACAUUGGAGUCAUAUCAGCGUACAGAUGCUGGGAGAACAGGUCCUUUUCGAGCCAUCCAAGUUGUUUCUGUGCUCAUCUUCAUCAUUGAAAACCUAACUAACAGCCCAGAACAAAAGGAUCCAAAAACCAAAAAUGAUAUGCAGCAACCUGCCUUGACACGGUUGGCAUUGGCUGCUACAUUCAUUUGCAUGGGUUGUUUUACUGAUAGAUGUUUGACGGGAAACCCUGUCAAUGAUUGCCCCAUUUUACCGGCUGUGCUUGUAUUUGUGGAGUGGCUGGUGGCCGUCCUUGAUAAAGAGGAAAUAUUUGGAGCUGAUGAAAAAAGCGAAAGUGCCAUUUCGUACUUUUUUGGUGCAUUUGUUGAGCUUCUGAAUCAGCUUGAUGAUAAAAGGGGUAAUGUUGAGUCUCCAGAUUCUACUGCUCUGUGGGAAGACUAUGAGCUGCGUGGCUUUGCACCAGUUGUUCAUGCACAUGAGUCAUUAGAUUUUGGUGCACAUUGGGGAAACUUAAACAGUUAUGAGAGUAGAAAUGAAUGUCGUGGUCAACGAAUCACUCAUGCAGCAAUUAAGAUUGCAAACGGAUCCAGUGAUUCUCGGAAGUGGAUCAUCUAUGAUGAGGUGGAAAGAAAAUUCUACACCGCGGAGUCAAAAAAAUCGCCCAAUAGCAGAGGAUCAGAAUUGGUGGAGCCUUGCUCUGCUGUUGAAGUAGAACUGCCCUGUCAGCCUAUUUGUGAAAUCAACAAAGAAUGCGAGCAACAGAUACUUGGGGAAAAUCAGAGCAGCCCUCAAGUGCAUAGCAAAUCUGUUGCUGUUGAAGAGGAAGAAGUUAUUCUCUUCAAACCUAUAACCAGAUAUAAUUCAGCACCAGUUUGUACUUCUAGUACCGAAAAUGAUCUAAUGUUUCCAGAAGACAUAGGGGACCAAGCAGAACCUUCUGAUGAAUGUCUGCGCCGUGCCUCAUCACUACUUAUAGCACAGAACGAGGCUUAUGGUGAUCCUUUGACUUCCACUUCCACCAUCACUAAUUUCAGAAGCAAGAAGUCAUUCGAGCCAUUGGAGGCUCUUAUCAAAGAAUCAGUGGUAUGCCCAUUUUCAGAAGGCCCUGUCUUUGCCAGGCCUCCCUCGCUUAGUUCUUGGGUCCUCAAUAGAGGAAGUUUGAGCACUGAAAGAGAGAAAGGGACAAGUAAUUUUAACAAGCAUGGAUUAGAGCCUGUUGAGGAAACUGUUGAGGAAACACUUUCUGCAUCAUUUAUUGGUCUCUCCAUGGAUGAAACAAAGAAUUCUGUCACUGCUUCUGAGCAUGUCUCUCCAACCUUGCAUUACUCUUCCCCUCCGUAUAUAGCUCCAAUGCCGUCUGCCCCAUUAUUACCUGACGAUGCUGUCUGGUUUAGUGGUGUCCCAUCUAGUUUUCCUGAAUGCAAGAGCCCAGGGGUCAUUAACGAGACCGGUGACUUCAUGGGUGCAUCACCGCUAAGUGGGUACUCAAAUUGGACUGCUACUCAUGGGCCAGUUGAUUACACUCCUAGUAUUCCAGGCCUCAUUUAUGGACACUCACCAUUACUUGGUGCGAGAAGCUCUCCUGAAUGGUUUCACCACUACAACUACAACCAAAAUUUUGAGCAGGCCAAUAUUCAUAUGCGGCCAGUUCAGUUCUCUGCAGCUGGGAACCUUGGGGACUUCCAUGGUUAUGAUGCUUCCAGGUUUGAUCUUUUUGAUAGAUGGGGAAACCCGUUGGCUUCCAACCCAUUGAUAUACUUGGAGAGCCCACCAUUGCAUCCUGGGUCAACGCUUGUUUACGGUGUAGAUGAACAAAGGAGAGAGAAGCUCUUUCAUGGUUACCAAAGACCAUUUCCAUACGGGUAUGGUGCUGCCACUGACCUAAGAGACGAACAGCAGCAGCUUCUGCAAUAUCUUAAAGAAAAAGAAUUGCGACUGCCUCAGGAUCCACAAGUGAGAGGUCCUACUUACAUGGGGAAUUGAUAUGAGAAAGGUUCGGUUAUCAAAAUCAAAUGUUACGAGCACACAUGUACAUAUGUUUGAUCAUGCCCUCUUGAGAGAAAAAUUAUGCUGUUCAUAAUUAUAUGGAUUUUCUUGUGAAAGCCCAAACGUGCUCUUUCUGAUCUGGUAUGGAUCUUGUUCCCCUCUUAAAUCAGAAUGUAAUGUAUUGCAGAGCAGGCUUAGCCUCAUCUAGAAAUGCUGAUGGGUCGCCCCCCUCCUGUUUUCUUUUGGCA